GUGGGGAGACUGAUAGCGUAAAUAUAUAUAUCUCUCUGGACACCUUUGAGCUGUCCGUGAGUUAAAUUCCACUCGUUACACGACUCGCAGAAACGCUUUCUCUGCAGACAUCGGAUCAACCCGUACGAUAACAAUGUCAGCUAAAAAUGAAAAAAUCGGGAUCAUUGGAAGCGGCUUAAUCGGGCGCAGCUGGGCGAUGCUCUUCGCCAGCGUAGGAUAUCAGGUGACCAUUUACGAUGUCAUCCAGGAUCAAAUUAAGAGCGCAUUAGAGGACAUCCGUCAGCAGUUGAAACGUCUCGAAAGUGACGGCCUUCUCCGUGGUGCACUGACGGCGGAUCAGCAAUUUAAUCUGAUAAAGGGAUCAUCCAAUUUGGCGGAGACUGUGAAGGGAGCGAAGCUGAUCCAAGAAUGCGUGCCAGAAAAUCUUCCGUUAAAGACGAAACUCUACAACGACCUCGACAAGAUCGUCGACGACAAGGUCAUCUUGUCAUCUUCGACGUCCACGUUCCGCCCGUCUCUUUUCAGCGAGAAGCUAAAACACCGCGAGCAGAUUAUCGUCUCCCAUCCUGUGAAUCCUCCUUAUUAUGUACCACUUGUGGAAAUAGUGCCAGCCCCGUGGACGCGUCCUGAUAUUCCUGAGAAGACAAAAGCUAUCAUGACUGAGAUCGGCCAGAAACCCGUUGUCUUCAACAAGGAGAUCGACGGUUUUGCGCUCAAUAGAAUACAGUACGCAAUCUUGAACGAAGCUUGGAGAUUGGUAGCUGAUGGAGUACUAAGCGCAAAGGACAUUGACGCGGUGAUGAGCGAAGGUCUCGGAAUGCGUUAUGCUUUCCUCGGUGCCUUCGAGGCCGCGCAUCUGAAUGCCGAAGGAAUGAAGAAGUACUGCGAAACAUAUAGCAAAUCGAUCUAUGAUACGAGCAUGACUUUCGGGCCGGUGCCCAAAUUCGUGGGCGAGAUGGCGGACAAGAUCAGCAACGAGUUGAACGAGAUGUGCCCACUCGACAAGUUGCAGGAACGACGCGCAUGGCGAGACACCGCCUUGAUAAAGCUGUCCAUCCUCAAGAAAGAGUUAAAUGAGAUAAAAAAGUAAAAAUUGAUAUAUUGUACACAUGCCAUUGAUGUGCCAACAUUGAAAUCUUUUAAACAGACCUAUAUGUGAUACAGUAAAUUUUAUCACGAAAUUGUACCAAUUUUUAAAUGUAAAAAAUGUAUCAUUUCUACUGUAUAAAUUAAAUGCAAAUUAUUUCAUUCUUACA